AUUCCUUCUUCUCCUUCAAUUGUGAGACAGCCGCUCAACUCUCAGGUGCCUCUCGCGAGUUCGUCGUCGAAAACACGCGCGCAACACUUUACGCCUGUGAAUCGUGAGUGUUUUUGCCGAUAGUGUGAAAAGUUUGGAUUUGCCCGUCUUCCAGAGUGCUCAUGGAUAACUACAACCAUGAAGCAAGUACCCGUUUGGAUUAAAAUUCGCAUCCAGGUUGGUGAGCAGGCACCGUGGAUGAUGUAGUUGUGGCGGAAGGAUGCGGCGCGCGAGCAGCGCUGCUGGCACCUUUGCACCUGCCAAUCGGACAGGGGUGCCUGUGGAGACCUGCAGUGCACCCCUGUCCACUCCAGCGCUGCGCUACGCAGCAGUCAACCUCCUUACUGGACAACCCCUCUACUUCAUCGUCGAGGCCAAGUCGCGAGUCAAAGAUCUGCUGUCCCAGGCACGCAGACAUCUGGCUGGGAUGGGCAUGCUCGCCUCUGAACUCCUCGGACUCGCAGUUAUGCAAGACGGUGAAUGGCUCUUCUUAGAUCCUGAAAGCAAAUUGGCAAAGUUCGCCACAAAGCAGUGGAAGUCACCGACCAAUUUCGGUUUAGACUGUGAAGGCAAUCCAGCUUUAGUUUUAAACUUACGGGUUCAGUUCUACGUUGAAAGCCCGUUGCUUCUCAGGGACCCCAUUUCUCGUCUUCACUACUACCUUCAACUUCGCGAAAAUCUCCUUCAACCCGAGCGGGUUUGUCCUAGCGAGGAACAGCUGCUGCAGCUGCUGGGCUACGCUCUGCAGGCUGACCUCAGUGACUUUGAUGUCACGAAACACAAAGAAAAUGCCUACUUCAAUCCCACUGAGUUUGUUCCUAAGCACGCUGUGGAACGCAUGGGAGCCGACCGACUGGUGUGUCUCGCCUCAGAAAUGCACCUUUCGUUACGCGGCACCUCGACCUCCGAGGCGCAGGUUCGCUUCAUCAACGAGGCCUGCUCGCCGCAAUCAUCCCUCAACCUGCAACUGCACCGGCUGCAAAGGGUCAAGAGGGAAGUCAUCCCCUCGGCCUGGCUGGGGGUCGGUGCGAGGGGCAUAGAUAUAUUCGAGCAGAUAAAUGAUCGGGCGGAAAAGGAAAUCACAGCGUCAUUCCCGUGGGUCCACAUUGCCAGGGUUGGCUUUGAUAGAAAGAAAUUUGAGGUGCGUGGCGGACAGAAUGGCAAAACUGUCAAGAAGUAUUUUUACACGGGAAGUGCUGAGAGGAGCUGUUGCCUGCUCCACUUAUGCCGAUCCGCGCACCAGUACGUCAUGUCUCUGGGCCCAAGGCUCGCCCAACUGCGCCUAGAGCAGGAAGAAGCAGCUGAAAGAAGGAGGCUUCGCUACUGCAGCUUGGUGCCGCGCAGAAAAACGGCCAGCAACGACAGCGACCUGCUGCUUUUGGGCAGCAAAGCGCUCAGGAGCGAGCAGAGGGAGUCGGUCAUCAGCAGUGCCUCUUCGAACACGACCUCGGGGAUCGUCUCCGACCGGGUUCUCAGUUUUGACGAGAGCGAAGAUGACCUGGAGAGGGAAAUAAUGAUCAACUCUCCUCCAGUGCCCAUCGCCAUCAGCUCGGUGGAGUCUCUGGCCUUGGACCACCUCCAAGACCAGGAAGAACCCACCGACGACGAGGACGAGUUGGAAGACGAGGUGGACUCUCCGCCGGCCGGGCCCCAGUCCCCUGGGACGCCGGGCGCAGCCGAGGGCAGCAGUCAGUGCUCCAGCUCCGGCUCGACCAUCAAACACGCGAAAGAGGUGUCCGCGGGCGGCUCCUCGUUGGAACUGGGCUACAGCCACACGGCGCAGAAUUCGCUGUCCGAGACAGCCGUGUCUGAGCCGCUGGACUACUCGGUGACCUCGGCGCAGGCCAGCGCAGGGGCGUACCCGUCGCGGGCACCCUCGGUCAGCCUAACGCUCGACUCCAACAGCGACUACGUGCAACUGCCGCCCCUCGAGGACGUCCCCAGGCCGUCCAUCAGCGUGACCAUCCCGAUGCCCAGCCUGGCCGUCAACAAGAAGCCGGCGGCGACGCCCCAGCCGCCCCAGCUGGUCGUCACCAGGAACAACUAUCUGGACGUGCGGGCGAGCGGCGCCAUGACCACGGUCUACGCGCGGCAGAUCAGCCAAAGCCAGAUCGAGCAGUUCCAGCAGCAACUGUGCUCCGACCUCGACUACGUAAUUUUCCCGGUGCGCGACCCGGCCAUCAGCAGGCAGGAGUACGCCGACCACAAGAUGCUCACGCGCAUCCUACCCCCGCCCCCGUACUGCAGCUCCAAGAGCAGCCAUAUGUACCGCAGCGCGCCCAACGUGCAGGCGCUCGGCGCCACGGUCCGUCUCCCCUCCUUCCAGUACGGCCAGAGCAACCUGGCGGCCCUCCGCUGCCUGUCCACGCACAGCCUCAGCCGGACAAACUUGGACAACCCCCUACCGCCUUCCAGGGCAGCCUCCGACGACAACCUGUUGUCCCCUCAGGUGCCACCGCGGCCGCCCCCGAGACCCUCCUCGAUGGCACCCAGGGUGGUGGUCCCGCCCAGAAUUCCCAGGUUCCCGUCAUCUCACCAAACUACGGCGUCGCCACCAUCAACAAUGCACGCAGCGCCGACAGUGUACCCCAAACUGUCAUUGAGCAUGCCAAGAGCUUCUAGUGUUCAUUCCAUUUCGCCGCCAGCACCUCCUCCUCACACCUCCAACUCGUCGCCAGCAGUGAUGAAUGCUGGAACGUCAGGUCCUCCGCCAAGCUCCAAACUAGAAGUGUCUAAAAGCAAGCUGGACAUCAGGAAACUGCGCGAAAAGAGCAAAAACUUAGACCUGCCCCUCAUACAGGCUCUUUGUAAUGAUAGGUCUUUGUUGCGGCAAACGAGAGAGGUGAGCAAAAAGACGGCGCACCACGGCAUCGCGAGGGUGAACCUGUUCCCCCGAGGGCAGCUGAACGGAAACAGAGGGAUGAAGACUAGACAGACGGCGCACACCCACCCCACCCAAGUGAUUGCGACUCCAAAAAAGAGCCCGAAAAGCCCAACAGAAAGUGCUAUUGCAGACUUGAUGGCGAACUGACAGUGACUGGGCCUCAAUUGUGAGUUUCAACAAACCGACACUUGCUCAAAACAUUAAGAUUCAUUCCGAUUUUCGGGUAAUACGUAUUUCAAAAAUAUUUUAAACACGACUUUGAAGCCAGUGCGUGCGGAGUUGAAAAGAUCGAGUUGUUGGAAACGUUUCUAGUAGAAUGUCCGAAUCGUUGAAAAUUUGGGCUGUGGUUUAUUUAUGCCAGGCUUCGCAAUGAUUGUGCUAAAACUUAACUUGAAUGCUGCGGUGCUAUGACUUUAAAUGCUUAGUUUGUAGUUAAAUGCAACCGGAUUUGACGCACCAAAAGGUUAAGUGAAAAAAUAGAUUUAUAAAUCGUCUGAGUUUGUGUACCAACCCACCGAGUCCAGAUGUGCUCCCACAAAGCAGAAACCAAUCUUUGAAUCAACUAUACGCUCACUCUCUGUCAACCACAUUUUUUUUAAGUAAUGAUCCGCAAAGUACACAUCUAUCAAUUAUUUAAUUAGGAGAUGAAAUCUCGUCAUGUUAGCUGUUGAACACGUGCCAGAAAUCGAUCUUCAAAAAUUCAAAUACAUCAUUUUGUGUUCAAUGUCAGAGUUAUUUAUAAAUGAUUUCGCGCGCUGUGUAAAUAUGAUGAAUUUCUUUUCAAACCCAACCAGAUUUUUGUUUUUCUUCAAAGCAGAGAAUUAAUAUGAAAUAUAUUCAUAUCGUAAAGUAUGUGAUAGUACGCCUAUAAAGUAACGGGAAAUAUAGAGAUGCUUUAAAAAAGCAAAUUGUAUAAAGAUGUGAAGUGCUUUUGCAAAAUUGAAUACGAUGAUUAUUUAUUCUCAGGGUGCCAUUUCCCUUUAUUUCUCCAAUGAAUUUCCACCUCUGCAAGCUCAUAAACCAGUCACUAAUCGUUGCUCAAAUGAUUUGUUUGCUUUUCAUGUAUUUUAUAGAAAAAAAAUAAAAACUAACUAACGCGAGUGGUGUGUGAUGAUUCAGGAAUAUUUUCAUAUUCGUGUAUGCGAAAUCCACUUUCUGCAAAGGCUUGCAUACACAGUCAAAUUCAAUCAUGUGAAUGGAUUUGUGCGUCCAAGCCUUUCGAAAUUCCCAAACUAAUUUAUAAGAGUUAAUAAUUGUGUUCUUUUGGUGUGUCAUGUGUUUUUUUCUAUCGCCAUUCGAUCGGGUUUCAAUUUCGAUGGCAUUUACAAGAAAUUUUGCUUUUUUGCAAUGAGUGGGUACUGAAAGGCUUUUUAUAUGAGAUAUUUCUGUAAAAAUAAAUCUUUUGUACAUAACACACGAGAUAAAAUGUCGAAUAAAAAUGAAAAAAAAAUAAUACCAAGUACA